UUGGACACUUGGACCAUAAAAGGACACGGUUCUCUGACCGGCUCCUCACUCACACUUGACCCGAGGAGGAGCUCUCUUUGCCGGCUGCGGAUCGUGUGUGAGCCCGGACCUCCACCUGCUGCUGUCCCGAGCCGGACAGGAGCGCUGUUCUCCGGCAGAGCGGACGGACCUCACCGCGGACAGGACGCGGUUCUUCACACGUGCAGACGUCUUUGUUUAUUUAAUUUUUUGUGGGUUUUUAUUGAAAAUGUCAGAUUUUAAAUGUUUCGAGGUUCUGAGGAGAGCGACGGAGAGAAGAGGGUGAACAGGCUGAACGGUACCGGGUCCGGGUAAACAGUCAGCAUGAGUCUGUGGACUAACGACUCCUCCGCGGACCUUCACCCCGGGACGCUGCCCCCUCUGCCGGACUCCAACCUCACCUCGAACCGCAGCGACGGCUCCGAGCCCCGCGCCGCCCCGCUGGACCUGAGCCGGGCGGUGCCGGUGGGCAUGGUGCUGGCCUCCUUCAUCCUGUUCGCCAUCGUCGGGAACGUGCUCGUGAUCCUGUCGGUGGUUUGUAACCGACACCUGCGGAUCCCCACCAACUACUUCAUCAUCAACCUGGCCAUCGCGGACCUGCUGCUGGGGACCACCGUGCUGCCGGUGUCCGCCACCCUGGAGGUUUUAGAUUCCUGGGUGUUUGGUCGGAUCUUCUGUGACAUCUGGGCGGCGGUGGACGUCCUGUGCUGCACGGCGUCCAUCAUGUCCCUGUGCGCCAUCUCCAUCGAUCGUUACAUCGGUGUUCGAUACCCGCUGCAGUACCCAAUGAUCGUCACAGAGAAGCGGGCGCUGCUCGCCAUGCUGGGCGUGUGGAUCCUCUCCAUCGUCAUCUCCAUCGGGCCGUUGCUGGGCUGGAAGCAGCCGCCAUCACAGGAUGACUCAAAGUGUCAGAUCACUGAGGAGCCGUUCUACACCCUCUUCUCCUCGCUCGGCUCCUUCUACAUCCCCCUGGCUGUCAUCCUCGCCAUGUACUGCCGCGUCUACAUCGUGGCCAAGCGCACCACCAAGAACCUGGAGGCCGGCGUGAUGAAGGAGCGUCAGGAGGACUCCAACGAGCUCACGAUGAGGAUCCACUGCAGGAACCAGCAGAACCACGAGCUCUGUCCCGGAGCCUCGGCCGGACGCAGCACGCUGUCCGUCAAACUGCUCAAGUUCUCCAGAGAGAAGAAAGCAGCCAAGACGCUGGGCGUGGUGGUCGGCAUGUUCAUCCUCUGCUGGCUGCCCUUCUUCCUCGUCCUGCCCAUCGGGUCGUUCAACAGCAGCCUGCGUCCUCCUGAAACCUUCUUUAAAGUUAUUUUCUGGUUGGGAUACUUCAACAGCUGUUUGAACCCGAUCAUCUACCCCUGCUACAGCCGUGAGUUCAAACAGGCCUUCAUCCGGAUCCUCCGCUGCCGCUGGAAGAGGAAGCGUCAGGGCUGGCAGGCGUACUACAACUACCGCAGCAAUCAGGGCUCCAACACCUCGUCCUUUCUGAACGGCAGCCAGCAGACGCUGUCCUCCGUCAGCCCCAGUCCUCGCUGCGUCGCCUCCAGGCUCCGCCCACCGCCCUGGCCCUCCUCCCCCAACCGAGACCGCCUCCCCGGGUCGGCGGGGGGAGGACGGGCAGGCCCUGUGGCCCCGCUUGCUAAGGAGGCUGGGAGGGCAGGGCAGGUGAUCAAACUGUGACAGAGCAGGAAGGUGGAGACUGACUCUCCUGCUUCCUCAGGAUCAGAACGCACAGUCGCUGCUGACAUCACCGGUUGCUCCCUCGACUCAGGUGCGAGGACUGUUCCCGCCUCUGGAUGACACACCUGAGAGAGGGCGGGGCUUCUCACCCAGCUCAGCUGCUGACAAACAUCACGUCACAACUUCCUGCAGGUUUCUGAUUAGUUCAGUGAUCAGUGUAUCGAUCAGUCCACUGCUCCUCACGAAGCUUCCACCUGCACUGAACUCACAGCAGUAAGAUAAAGAACACUACAAUAUAAAGAACUUUUAUCAAAACAACUUUGAUGAGAAUUUAACAAUAAAUCAUCAGCAUGUUCAAAUCGAAAUCUGAGAGACAAGAUUCUAAAAUUUUAAAUAUUAGAAAAAUAUCAACUAGCUGAGUGAAUUAAGUACAACAAUAAACCUCAUCAAAUUAAAGAUAAAUGAUCUUAAAAUUACUGUGAACAUAUUGGAUUUAUUUACUUCUUGUAACGUUAUUUUCUGUCUUAAUUAUUAAACCCAUCCUAAAAUAUGUUGCCAAAAUUCAAAAGAAUUAAAACGAUUAUUGAAAAACUUUCAACAGCAACUUGACUUAACUAGCGUUAGCUUGAUGAUUAGCUCAAACAAUCAUCUUCUUUCCUCUGGUUUCUCUGUUUUUAUUUGUUUAAAGUGUUUAAUGUUUAUUUAAAUGUUUAGUGAUCAUUAUUAUUAUUAUUAAAACAACAGGCCAGUUUUUGAA